UCAUAGUUUUAUUGCAUCGAGGGCAAAGAUAACGACCCUCCCCUGCCCUUCAUAAACCCCCAAUCCACCAAUUUCUGAAAUCAGAACUCAGUUUUUGCUAAUGGCGAUGGAAAGAACAUCGGCAAGCAUUGCAGAAGAAUACGAUCUGCAGAACGGCAACGGAGGAAAGAGGAGCACGGAGGCGAUGGAGAUGGAAUCGACCGAGAGGAUAUUCGAGAGCAAGAAGGUUCCGCCAUGGCAGAACCAGCUGACAGUUCGUGCAUUUGUCGUGAGUUUUAUUUUGGGGAUUCUGUUCACGUUCAUCGUCAUGAAGCUUAAUCUCACUACCGGAAUCAUUCCUUCGUUGAACGUCUCCGCCGGACUGUUAGGGUUUUUCUUCGUGAAAACAUGGACGAAAUUCCUCGAUAAAUCUGGUAUGUUGAAACAGCCAUUCACGAGGCAAGAGAAUACUGUUAUUCAGACGUGCGUCGUCGCCACCUCCGGCAUCGCAUUUUCCGGAGGGUUUGGGAGUUACCUCUUUGGCAUGAGUGAACUUAUUGCAAAACAAUCAAAUGAAGCAAACUCAGCACARAACAUCAAGAACCCUUCUCUUGGAUGGAUGAUUAUAUUCCUUUUUGUUGUUAGCUUUCUUGGACUCUUCUCUGUCGUCCCUCUUCGCAAGAUAAUGAUAAUCGACUUCAAACUGAUUUAUCCAAGCGGCACAGCCACGGCUCACCUUAUCAACAGUUUCCACACUCCCCAGGGUGCCAAGCUAGCCAAAAAACAAGUGAGGACUCUAGGAAAAUUCUUCUCCUUCAGUUUCCUAUGGGGGUUCUUUCAGUGGUUCUUUACCGGCGGAGACGAUUGUGGAUUUGCAAGUUUUCCUACACUUGGUCUUAAGGCCUUUGAAAACAAGUUUUUUUUCGAUUUUUCGGCAACUUAUGUUGGUGUUGGCAUGAUCUGCCCGUAUCUGAUCAAUGUAUCGUUACUCGUUGGAGCGAUCCUUUCGUGGGGUGUAAUGUGGCCUCUCAUUAACGAGAAAAAGGGUGAWUGGUAUUCUGCUGACCUCAAAUCUACCAGUCUUCAUGGCUUGCAAGGUUACAGGGUGUUCAUCGSUAUAGCAAUGAUCCUAGGUGACGGACUCUACAACUUCGUAAAAGUCCUUGGUCACACUUUGUUCGGCUUAUACCACCAAUUUAGUGAUCGGAAAUCCAAAGAUGACAUCCCCGUUACCAGUAAUUCUUCGCCUGAUCUUCUGUCCCUAUCUUACGAUGAGCAAAAACGCACCCGACUCUUUCUCAAGGAUCAGAUUCCGAUGUGGAUCGCAAUUGUUGGCUAUCUAACCAUCGCCAUUGCCUCUGCUGCUACUCUUCCACACAUCUUCCAYCAGCUCAAGUGGUAUUACAUUGCUGCGAUUUACGUAUUUGCCCCCGCRUUGGCAUUCUGUAACGCUUAUGGAUSUGGGCUCACYGACUGGUCCUUGGCAUCAACCUAUGGAAAGCUCGCAAUCUUUAUAAUCGGAGCUUGGGCUGGCGGCAACAAUGGCGGAGUUCUAGCUGGGCUAGCCGCUUGUGGGGUCAUGAUGAACAUYGUCUCAACCGCAUCCGACUUGAUGCAGGAUUUCAAGACUGGCUACAUGACUUUGGCUUCACCCCGGUCUAUGUUCGUGAGCCAAGUGAUYGGAACCGCAAUGGGCUGCAUCAUCUCUCCAUGUGUCUUCUGGAUCUUCUACAAAGCCUUCGAUAAUCUCGGAGUUCCAGGUUCYCAAUAUCCCGCACCGUACGCUCUCAUCUWYCGAAACAUCGCAAUCUUGGGAGUCGAAGGAUUUUCUGCAUUACCCGAACGAUGCCUCWUGCUUUGCUGCAUAUUCUUUGCUUUCGCUAUCUUYGUUAAUGGCAUUAGAGACGGAGUGGGAAAAUCGCGAGCACGGUUUAUUCCGAUUCCGAUGGCGAUGGCGAUUCCGUUCUAUMUCGGAGGUUAUUUCGCGAUUGACAUGUGUGUUGGAAGCCUGAUAUUGUACAUUUGGUCGAAGAUCAAUAAAGCAAAGGCAGCAGCAUUUGGGCCAGCGGUUGCUUCAGGUUUGAUCUGYGGUGACGGAAUCUGGACRUUACCGAGUUCAAUACUSGCUUUGGYGGGUGUUMAACCUCCGAUUUGCAUGAAGUUUCUUUCGAGAUCGACUAAUGUGAGAGUCGACACCUUUUUAGGUUCGUAAAUUAUUCUUACAAGUAUAGGUUAUAAGACUUGUUCAUACCACAAUGGAAGUGCAAAAUGUCGACUCUAAAUCCCGGUUUGUAUCCUUUUUCUUGUUCGUAAUCUGUUUGGAUUUCGAGUGAUGAUCAUUUUCUGAACAUCGAAACGUAUUCGGAAAUGGUAGAUCUCGGAAUUCAGUAUGUUAUCGACAAUCAUUACUCC